GUCCUAGUUCGAAAGCUUUUUCUUUUAAAUUAUGUUAUCCACUUGUGAUGAUAUAAAUUUAAAACAAAAAAGCAUAGGAUAGGAUAGGAUUUGUCUUCAUCGCAAUAUCUAAGCGAACAACGACCCCCAAUUUAGUACACGAAAAGAUUAUCACUUCUGUCGUUAUUUGCAUUUCACAGUUGGCCGCUCGCCCGCCUUAGCGUAAUGGCGGCGUUUAUCUGGUAAAGGAAUAACUUAUCGAGUGCUGUUUUAGAUAACAUUGGUCGGUUAAGUGUUAUAAUUAGGUGGCGUCUACAAAAGAUGAAAGCAAUGUACAAGGAAAAAGUGGUUAAACCUCCAAGCACUGCUCAACUUACCAAAAUAGCUACCGAGCUUGGUUACGACUUAGAACAAGAUGAAAUUCUAGAAUACAAAGGUUAGUGCCGUCAAAUUAGACAGAAGCAACCAUUUUUAAUAUCUAACGCACAUAACGUACGGACUACGGACUACGGACUACGGACUACGGACUACGGACAACGGACUACGGACUACGGACUGAGAACACAGAAAUGGGAACAGAAUGUGGAUGAAGAAUUACCAGCACUCAUAUUUUAAUAGAGGACGUGUACACCGAUUGGUGAAGUUUUCUCGUGGACUAACUUAAUCGUUUCUGGCGCUAUACAGUAUUCAGAAUUGAUAUUUCAUUAGAUCUAAGCGAGCUGCCAUCACAGCACAUUUUCAGAAAUAUUCCCUCGGAAGAUUCUCCAGGAGAGGUUUUCGUUAUUGUUUCUUCCGAAGUAACAAAUUGUGGUAUCUGGCGAAUAUUUAAUGAAUCGUCGGUUGUUAAUCCAUUGUCAAAUGCAAUAGUCUUGAUACUGUUUACUCAAACAUCUAUUAUUUUAAGUAAAUAAAGGGUGUAAGUUUUUGUAGAGACUGUGGCGCUGCGUCGGUGGGAGAGUAUAACAAGGUAAUUUAGUGUUAACAACUGAGUUGAUGACGUAAAUUGGCCAUCGUAAUAAGUUAAAAGGCUAGCGUCGCCAUAUUCCCACCAAUAGCGUAGCUCCAUUUUCUGCAUAUAAACCCACAUACAACCCAAAAUUCCUUCAAUCGCUCUGAUGAAGGGCUAUCACUCGAAACGUCAGCCUUUAACUCUUUACAGUGGCCAAUUUACGUUAUCAACUCAGUUGAUAACACUAAAUUUCCCUAUUAUUUCAAGUGCCGAGUUUAAUGACAUUUUAUCGGGAUCUGGUAAAAAUGUGAUCUAGUAUGAAAGACUUAUUUUGAGAAGAUGACUCUCAUUACAUUACUUUUCAGCCUAAAGUAAUUUACAAUUAUCCACCAAAGUGGAGGUGAAUAGUGGUAAAUAUCCAUCACUUUCACCGACACUGAGACGAAGAAUUGUUUUAGUAUAUGCCACACCGAUGCAAAAAAAAAUAGUUUAUUUCUAUAAAGAUACCAAAAAAUGGUCAGAAAUUAAACUCGUGACCCGUGGUUUUGACUCAUCGGUGAAUAGUACUAGAUAUUCACUUCUGAACUGGCCAAUCAGCGCCUGCAAAAAGCACUAUUCACUUGUUUGGUAUCUACUAAUAGAAAAUAAUGUAUUUUUAUUUUAUCUGUUUGUAGUCGGUGUUUCAUACAGAUAUGUUAAAUUUUAGUGAAUGUUACCGACGACCAGCAUUAGGCCUUUUGGCUUAGAUCUAGCGCCUGCUAAGCUCCCAGGAGUUCAUGUUGGACUGUUCAUCGUAUUGCUUGACUUUUGACACUCCUUUCGAGGCUCAUACACUGUAAUUCUAUACGAUUCAGGAAAUAGCUUUGCCGAGUCAGUCCACUCAGUCUUGCAUUUCUUUGAAUAAACAUAGUGUUGCUCAUAACUCUUUGGGAGGUGGGAAGUUGGCAGAAAAAGCAAGAAAGAUGACCGUUUUUCUCUCUCUAAAAUUAAUUUAACCAUCUCACUUGAUUUAACAGACGUUAUUGAUGACUCUCUUCAAGCAACAUAUCAAAGGUUUAAUGAAAUACCCGAUCCCAAGCUACCUGUAAAAUACCCCCGCACGCCUGGUUAUCGACCGACCGGGCCCAAGGACAACCCUUAUAACGCAUGGUAAGUUAGACUUAAACAAUGUAUUGCUUUGCUAAUGUAGUGUGGCAGCUGAAACUCCUUGUCUACAUCCGAAUCACUCUGUGCAAAGGUCUUCGGAGUAUAUUUGACUUUCUUGUCUCAUUCACCUAAGGUACUGGCGCUGUGACAUUCCUGGCGCUCCAAAUGGAAAACUUCAGGGUAAAUCGAUCGCCAUCAAGGACUGUAUCUGUGUCGCGGGUGUUCCAAUGAUGAUGGGCUCCCAGAUAUUAGAAGGUUAUACCCCGGAUGUCGACGCCACCGUCGUGACAAGGAUACUAGACGCUGGUGGUCGUAUCAUGGGGAAGGCUGUUUGCGAGAAUUUAUGCAACAGUGGAGGUAGCUUUAAUGCGGCCACCGGUCCUGUAGUUCACCCGCUUGAUGAAACAAGAAUGACAGGUGGAUCCUCUUCAGGGUGUGCCGCUCUGGUAUGAUUAAUAAAUGGUGCAUACAUUGUAGUCCAGUGCAAUGAUCAGCAUGUCGUUCUCCACAGACAUCUCAAGUUCAUUUUGCAGAGCCCAUGAUCACUGACUGCCGACCGUUUUGAGCGCUGAACUGCGGGUCGAGAAGUCUGGGUUCGAGACCUGGCCGGGUCAUUGUGUUGUGUUCUUGUGCAAGGAACACCUUACUCUCCCCACGCAGGAGUAUAAAUGGGUACCAGCUAAUUGUCGGAAAGGCUUAAAAAAAGCCGGGGUUAAGCUUGAGAUGAAUUGGCAUCCCAUCUACGGGAAUACACUCCGGCUGUAAGGGCACUUGGCUCGACUGUCCUUUUACCUUUUCAGGAACAUUAGUCCUUGCAAAUAUGUAGACCUCUGAACCCUCUCAGACAAGUACCCCUCUCCUUCUUUUAGAUCUUCAGUGUUGUGUUUAUAGAGGACAUAAAUGAACCCACACACUUGCAACAUAGAGUAGAACACAAAGCUCCCACGUAUUGUGGUCUGUAACCUCAUUCGUGAUAUAAUCAAUAAUGUGGAAGAAAUUUCAAAUUUUGCAUGAGAAAUAUGUUCUUCACGUUUAAUUUAUAUUCUCGUGAGCUUUCAGGUGGCAGGAGGUCACGUGGACAUGGCGGUAGGUGCUGAUCAAGGUGGCUCCAUUCGUAAUCCAGCAGGACGUUGUGGCAUUGUGGGGUUGAAGCCUACUCUAGGUCUUGUUCCAUAUACGGGUAUUGUACCCAUGGAAUUCAGCCUCGAUCACGUAGGCUUGAUGGCCAAAACUGUGCAAGAUGUAGCGUUAUUACUCGAGGUUGGUAUUUUGGGAAAUUCUUGAUAACACGCGUUGAAAUAAUGAGGGGCAUGACAAAAAAAAAUACGCGAGGCGGUGCAUGUCUUUGAUUACGCGCAUUUCGCAAAUUGCGGGUUUUCUUUAUAGCCUUGCUUUUCUCACACAGGUUUUCCCUAACGCUCUUUUUCCUCAUGUGCGUUUCAAUUGUAUUAUCUAGGCUUCAUUUCUCCAACGCUACAACUGGGGAAGAGGUCGCGUACACUUAUUUUUUUUCUUUAAGAUAUUACAUGGGUGAGUUGUGAGUUGACAGAGAUUUUCAUUUAAUCUUUAAUUUUUCUUAAGCUUUUGGUUUUCACAACAUCUCAAGUUGUGUUUCUUGUUGCUGCAAUAAUCGUUGUUUACACGAACUAAUCUACGUUUUUGCUGAACUGUUUGCUCUCGAAAGCCUUAAUUGAAAAUGCUAUCCGGUAUAGCUCUACGUACUUUCGUUGAUGUAAAGUAUUCUGAAUCAGUUUAACUGUAAUUUUUUUUAUUGAAGAUUACAGCUGGCUCAGACGAUGGUCUUGAUUAUCGCCAGCCUCAUGAACUGCAGGUGGAAAAUUACGUAAAUCAGGUGACGAAGCUAUCUUGUUUCCAAAGCCGUGAUCUGUUUGGUCAGCGUCACAAUUUUAACGAGCUCUUUCUGAACCGAAUUCACCUUGUCUUCUGAUUGGCUGGUUUGACUGCGGUAUAAAUAAGUUGUUUCUUUACGAAUUUUUUUCUAUCGACUGCUACAAUCAGCUGUUAACUUGCUCGUAAGAAUUUCUCACUAUUCUCGUAUGACUUUCAACUGAAACUUUUUCGCCCUUUUGAGGAAAGUCAUGCUAAAUGUUGAUGUAGAAUGCCUAAUAAACUAGCACUUCAACGCAGUUCCUCGAUAGGUAUUUGCCAUUUACAGUUCACAGUUUGCCGCUUAGAGUUUAUUGCUUAUUGUUUGCCUAUUACCGUUGCCGUGAUUUAUUUACCUUCCCCCGUUAACCUUUUGCCGUUUUGUGUUUCCAUUCACCGUUUACAGUUAAUCGUUUAUCGUUUAUCGUGUAUUAUUUAUCAUUUUCCAAUCACCAUUUAUCAUUUUUUGACAGCUUACGAGUGAAAUCUCUAAUCUUCGACUCGGACUUCUUACGGAAGGCUUUUCUCAUCCCCAAUCUGAGCCCGAUGUUGACCAAUGCAUCAAAAGGGCCGCUAAACACCUGGCUACAGAAUCGGGUGCGACCCUACAAGAUGUCUCUGUUCCAAUACAUUUGGAUGGUAAGUGUAAUUUGUACUUUGUGAUAAUCGAAAGCAAUAAAUCGGCUACCUUGAUAGUAUAUAUUGUAGUUACUCCUUUCCAAUCUGAGCGUUUUAGGGACCAGCUAUAAGUUUUAUUACCGUUUGAGGAAGGGCUGAGGAUUUCGGGGGGAAUAGCAAGAUUUUCAGGGGGGAAUGGACGGAGAGAUCAGUCGUCACCUACAGAGUAUAAAGGGGGAGGGAGGGGAGCUUAAGAAAAUUGACUGCCAAUUCACUGUCACUGAGGGGGAAUCAGACGAAAAAUAUUACACAGCCUUUUGAGGGAUCAGUCAAAUUUUAUUGUGACAUAACCAAAAUCCUCCCACCGGUCCCUUAUUCCACACUAUGCGGGGCAUAGUAAGUGAGGCUUGUCUUCUGUUUUUCUCGUAGCAACUGUUAUCUAUGACGCUUUUACCGAAGGAGGACUCUGGCCUGACAGAUUUUUUGAGACAAACGGUAGGUCCUGACCCCACUGAAAAUAAAGGCAAAAAUAUGAAUGAAGUAGAAACAGCAGCGUUUACAGCGGUGUAUGCCUUGGGGAGAAGCCUAUAGAACAGGUGUAAUUCUUAGACGUUUUUCAGGCGCUCUCUACCUCGCGCGUGACUCCCGCUUCAAUUUUGCCUCGCGUUUGCCUGGCCGUCUAAAUAAAACCCCAAAAAUUACACCUAUUCCGCAGGAUACUCAGAGAGAGGUAGGGUACCUGAUUGUUUGGAGCGUGGUGUGAAAAGGCUGGGUUUGAGCUCAGGCCCUGUUCUUUUCACUGUGUUCGAGGGAAAGACAGUUAGCCUUUAUUACAGUCGACUCCCGUUCUUGCGGUCACCCUUGGGUGGGUUGUGCGGGGAUUUAGUGUCCGUAAUAGCGAGAGUCCGUAAUAGCGGGAAAAAAAAAUUGUUUGGUCUCUUAACAGAUGAAAUAAUAUGUAGCUACGCAAACAAAGUUUCUGACGUAACCGCGCGAACCGGAAAAAGAUUGGGCCGCAGGCAGUAAAUUCUUAUAUUCGCACUCAAUUGAAGAAUGGUUUCAUUGUACAUUUCAUGCAUGGGCUUUUAUCGGGUAAUGUCAAAUAUGCUGUUUAUUAGCCUUUGGCUGACCCUCUUUAAAUAAAGGGUUUUGGACGAAGUAGCUGUAUAGAGAAAAACACGAUUGAAAUGUCAAUUGAAAUGUCGCGCAAGGGGGCAUGAAAGUGUCUGCAUUUCCUAAAUAGCGAGAGUCCGUGAUAUCGGGAAUUUAUUUCAGCCAUGUCUUCAUGCGUUUCGCCGGGGCCUGGCUCUUGUCCGCAAUGGCGGGGUGUCCGUAACAGCGCGGUGUCCGCCGAGCGAGAGUCGACUGUACACAGCACAUCUUGCAUUAUAGAACACGAACGGUAGCUAAAAGCUGAAAGCCUUAGCUGGCCCUUUUACAUGGGGGUGAGGGAGCCCAAGUUGGUGAGGUAACCCACCUAGGUGGGGGUAACUUACCUGUCCACAUAAUCUAUAAUUUUAUGACGAUUACGUUUACAUGAUAGGUGGGGUAACCGUGUGCCUGGAGGGGUUGCUCAGUCUGCCGGGUAGGGUAACCCUGUCAGCCGGAGUGACAAUUUGCCAUGUAAACGUUUCAAGAUGGGGUAACCUACCCAGCCGGGGUCUCGUUCAUGUUAAAUUUAAUUAAAGAACUUCUUUUCCCUCAGAGUCCUCAUCCCAGCAUUCCCGUGCGGUAAGAUUGGGUGUAAACGCGGGCUAUUUUUCGGCCACGGCUGAAGGGGUUAUCUCAACUACCUGGGGUUCUCCAUCGCCAAUCAAACAGGCCCUAAAACACUUUGAAGACAGCUUGCGAUAGACCACUACUACUUAACAUUAAAACUGUGAACACUCUUUCAGUUUCUCAUUUGCAUUUACUCUGAAGGCUAUCAGGUUACCAGUCUCCAGAAAUGGUUUGCACAAGGACUAAAGACUCGAGCAAAUGAUAUCAGCGCCGACUUCAAGGUCGCCUCUAUCAAAGGAAGAUACUUGCAAAAAAACUAUAACGAUGAGUUUUUCUUUAAGGCACGCAAUCUAGCGUGGAAACUAAGAACAGUGUUUGACGAGGCACUGACCAAAGUCGACGUGUUGAUAAUGCCUACUAAUCCGAAGAAAGCCAGACCAUUACCUCUUCCAAAUAUUCCUCUAAGAGGUAACUUUAUUAAUUAAUUGAUAAACCAUAAAAAAUGAGUAACUAAGCAGUGUAAGGUGCAGCCCUUUUUAUAAAACAAGUUUUUUCUGCAUGAAACAAAGAAAGAAAAAGAAAAAUAACUUCGGUCUUCUUCGGGAAAAAAAGUCUUUUACGGCCAAGAUAUUUGUUCCUCUUCUGAGAAAUACGUUGUUGCCUUAAUAACCCUUGCACCCUUGCAACUAGUAUUUAAUUUGCUCUUACAGUAUCACCCCUGAAUCCCACACUAGGGUCACAAGGAGAAAGGAAAUGAUCACCACGGAAAAAAGCUCUUGAUUGUUAAACAAAUUCCCCUUGUCAGCAUCUUUGGAAGUGUAUGGAGAAUCUUAUGGAAAAUUUGAAUACUGUUAGGGUGAAAAAGGUUUAUAAAAUUUUAAAUUCAUGCAGAUUUUCGUUUGUUUAUGAGGGUUUCUUUCUUAUUGGCUUCUCUAUAUGUAAGAGUCACAGCGCCUACUAAUCUCGUUCCCAGAUCCUACCGUGAAACUAAAAUUUAUACCAUUGUUAAACCGGGAAGGCCUGGGUACGAGAUUUAGGCAGUACAUAUCGAUCGAUAAUAGGGUAACCUUCAUCGGUAAAAAUUACAUGGGGUCUGGUGUAUGAGAAACUGCAAAGAUUAAGAAUAAAGUCGAGGAAGGCUGCUGUUAGUGUUAGAUUGACAGCAAAUUUAUCUUUUGGUUUGCUUCUAAAUUUUUGUUAUUACUGAACUUUUGUCAAUUACCAAAUCUUUGGGUAGUAUCUUUAUUUCCGUCAUUUAAUCAUUCUUAAAUUUCUUUUCUCUCCAGAGUAUCUGCAAUGUUGUAGUGAGAACUACAUAAAUACAUGCACCUUCAAUAUGACGGGUCACCCAGCCCUGUCAAUCAACGCCGGCUUCAGUGAUGGCUUACCGGUCGGUAUGAUGAUUGUGGGGAGAAAGUUUGAUGAGGCCACUGUUCUGAAUGUCGCCUACGCUUAUGAGAGGAUCAGAAAAAUGUAGACUAAACGUACUUUUGUUUUC